CUCCCCUUUCCUCCCCUCCCCUCCUUCCUCUCCUCCUUCUCCCUUCCCUGCAGCGCUCGCAUCGCCGGCUCCGAAGCAGGCGGUCGAGACCCCGCUUUCCUCCGUGUGCCCCCUCUUGCCUUUUUCUUCCCCCCCUACCCCACUCGCCGCAGCCAUGAGGCGCCCGACCCGCCGCCUGGCGCUGUCUGUGCUGGGGGUGCUCUGGAUCGCCGCUCUCCUCCUUUUCUUCUUCGGGGCGAGGAGGAAGCCGGAGGCGGCGGGACCCGAGGGCCAAAUGCCGGAGGGCUCGGAGGCGGACUGGGACGACCUGUGGGAUCAGUUUGAAGAGCGGAGAUACCUGAGCGCUCGGAAGUGGAAGGGCGGAGAGGACCCGUACCGGCUCCAUGCCUUUAACCAGCGGGAGAGCGAGAGGAUGCCCAGUGACCGUGCCGUCCGUGACACCCGCCACCACAGGUGUACAACUCUGCGCUACCGCCAAGAUCUCCCUCCCACCAGCAUUGUUAUCACCUUCCACAAUGAGGCCAGGUCUACUCUGCUGCGGACCAUUCGGAGUGUGAUGAACCGCACUCCAGUGCACCUCAUCCAUGAAAUCAUACUGGUGGAUGACUUCAGCGACGAUCCUGAUGACUGCCGCUUGUUGGCCAAGCUUCCCAAGGUGAAGUGCCUGCGGAACAGACAGCGCGAAGGUCUGAUCCGGUCUCGCAUUCAAGGGGCAGAUGUGGCUCAAGCAGGAGUCCUGACCUUCCUGGACAGUCACUGUGAGGUGAAUAAGGACUGGCUGCUCCCGCUGUUGCAGAGGAUCAAAGAGGACCCCACACGAGUAGUCAGCCCUGUUAUUGACAUCAUCAACUUGGACACUUUUGCCUAUGUGGCAGCUUCCUCAGAUCUCAGAGGCGGUUUUGACUGGAGCCUGCAUUUCAAAUGGGAGCAGCUUUCCCCAGAGCAGAAAGCCAAACGACUUGAUCCUACCAAACCCAUUAAGACUCCCAUCAUUGCAGGGGGGCUGUUUGUGAUUGAUAAAGCCUGGUUCAACCACCUGGGGAAGUACGACAACGCCAUGGACAUCUGGGGCGGGGAGAACUUUGAAAUCUCCUUCCGUGUCUGGAUGUGUGGGGGUAGCCUGGAAAUCAUCCCCUGCAGCCGUGUUGGACACGUCUUCCGGAAGAAACAUCCAUACGUCUUUCCAGAGGGGAAUGCCAAUACGUACAUCAAAAACACCAAGCGCACUGCAGAGGUGUGGAUGGAUGAAUUCAAACAGUAUUACUACGCUGCCCGGCCUGCGGCCCAGGGGAGGCCCUUUGGAAACAUUCAGAGCAGAGUGGAGCUGCGGAAGAGGCUGAAAUGCCACAGCUUCAAGUGGUACCUGGAGAAUGUUUACCCUGAACUUCGGAUUCCUGAGGAACUGCUAUAUCAAACCGGAAUGAUCAGGCAAAGGCAGAGCUGCCUGGAGUCGCACAAGUCUGAAGACCAAGAGCUGCCUGUCUUGAGCUUAAAUCCUUGCAUCACCAGAAAAGGCACGUCAGCAACAGCACAGGAAUGGACAUACACGUACAACCACCAAGUCCGCCAGAAGCAGCUGUGCUUGUCUGUGUACACCCUGUUCCCUGGCUCCCCGGUGCUCCUGUCACCUUGCAAAGAAAGUGACAACAAGCAGCAGCAAUGGGGUAAAGUUGGGUCACACCUUGAGCACGUAGCUUCACGCUUCUGUUUGGACACUGAGACGAUUGGGGACACGAACGAGAGCACCAAAGAGCUUGUCAUCAACCCUUGUGAGAGCACAGCCAUGAGUCAGCGCUGGGACAUGGUGAUGUCUUGACCUGCUUGAGGACUUACCCAGCUGGGCUGGGCGCUGAGACUUGCUACACACAGCCAAGAUGCACCAGAUAGAGCUCAAAUGCAAAACCAUUGGGGAACCUUGUGUAUUAUGGGACAGGAGAGGAAUCAAUCAAAUAAAAGCACGGUGCUGCAGGCUGAAGAACAGACGUUGAUUGCAAGGCAUGUAGGUGUUAUUGGUCUGUUGGCAGUCAUGGGUUCCAAAAGAAGGGAUGGCAAGAAACCAAAAUGAAAUAUUUUAGAGGGACACUGGGGCUCCUGCGAUGGGCCCUGCAGAAGUUCAGUGUGUAUAGUAUUUAUUAAUCUCACCGGAAGAACAGAUCGAAGAGCCUUGGAGACCCAAAGGAGACUUGGACUCAGCAAAACAAACAUCUUCAUAGCUUUGGGGGGCAAGGGCAUGAGGAGGGAUGUGCCAAGGGAUGCUAAGUUAUGUCACCUGGGAACAAGUGGAAACGUUGAGUUAUCUUGCACUUUUUAUUGCUAUGAUUUAAUUUGUCUUCUGAUAGCAGUCUGGGUGGAGCUGUGUUGCACAUUCAUAUUUGUAUCUGAUCCACAGAUAUGUGUAGACACAGACAGGACAGUCACUUCUGGUUAUGGCCAGGAUCAAACCGGUAGGUAACAGAGUUGUCCUAACUCUGUGCUAACUGGGGUGACUGAAUCUCCAAAGUCCAAGCAAACAGAGGAUUCAGUGUGUGGGAUGAAAGGAAACAAACCAUUGUGAAGCUGGGAGGAGGAUUAUUUCUGCUGACGGCCAUGGGUGAAUCUCGGUCAUUGCAAUUCCCCUAUAAUCUCCCUAUGUGUCUCUUGCUGCUUCACAUCUGGAAUAAGUCAAAUUUUAACUCUUCUUCCAUAAAAAUAAUAUUUUUGGAAA